AUGGGAGGAAAGCAGUCUCGCCUGUCCGGUAAGGAUUUAGAUGAAGUUGAUGCGAAGCAAAGACGAAAGAACACCAUACGGCCAGAUGAUCAGUCGUUGUCAUCGGCAGCUGAGCGAAUCCGGCGUCACGCAACUGUCCAUUUUGGGUUUAACACCCUUAGCCUAGCCAUGCGUGGUCUGGACGAACCCCCUGCGGAACUAUGGGAACUCAGAGAACUGCAAAAACUAAACUUAUCCAUGAAUUGCUUGUGUUCCUUGCCCCCUGCACUGGGCUCUCUGGACAAUCUGGUCAUUCUUAACCUCUGGGGCAACAAUCUGUCGAGUUUGCCCCCAGAGAUUGGACUUCUGAAGAAGCUCCGAGUGCUUUUUGCCUGUCGGAACAGACUCAGCGAAGUGCCAGAGGAGCUGGGGUCGUGCACGUGCCUGGAAGUGCUCAGUCUCGCCAAUAAUCAGAUCACUUCUCUGCCCAACAGUUUAGCGUCCAUGCAAAAUCUGACCAAACUCAACCUCAGCCACAAUCGAAUUUCCAUCAUCCCGACUUGCGUUUACAACAUGAAGCGCCUGAUAUUCCUGCAUCUCGCUUGUAAUAGACUGGAGACCAUCGCGGAUCAGAUUCAAGAUUUGGUCAAUCUAAAGAUACUGAUUGUAGAAGGGAACAGCCUGCAUUCGCUUCCCAAGACGAUCUGCCUGCUGGAGUCGCUGGAGUUGUUAAAUGUUGAUUUUAAUGAUUUGCAAAGUGUCCCGGUGGAGAUGUACUUGCUGAAUCGGCUGGGGAGGUUAGCCUGUCACCCUCUGGACAAAGGACUUCAUAUUGUUCAUAAUCCUCUGUUGAAGCCAAUACAGGAGGUGCUCCAAGGAGGGUUAAGCGCUCUGUAUAACUACCUCAAACCCUCGUGA